ACUAGAUUCAAACAGCACAGCAAGGAAGCAGCUGAACUGAAAGCAGCAAAGGAAAAGUAGAGGAGUAAAGGAACUGAACUGAAGCAAAAGCUGAACAAAACCUCUUCACUUUUCAACUUGUUAUUGCACUGCCCUCUUCGUUCGAGAGCUUUCUGAAGGACAUUUUUUUAUAUUUUAAUACUCAAACAAAAUCAUACUCACUGCAAACAUGAUGAGCAGCAGAGUCAUCGUCGUUGCUGUAAUGGUGUUCCUGGCCUCUCUGGCCAUCAGUGAAGGGAUGAGCCUGAGAAGCCGGAGAAGCCUGGGACCAGAGAAGCACUGCCAGUGCAUCAAGACAGAGAGCAAACCCAUCGGCCGCCUCAUUGAGAAGGUGGAAAUUAUCGCUAGCAACUCUCACUGUGGAGAAACUGAGAUCAUUGCCACUCUGAAGACAACCAGAGAGGAGGUGUGCCUUAACCCCGAGGCUCCCUGGGUGAAGAAAGUGAUCAAGAAGAUUAUGUCAAACAGAAAACGCUGAGCAGAUGGAGAGUGAUGGGUCAUGGGUCGGAGCUGUUUGAAGACAACUGAACACGACCCCAAUGUCUUAGUUUGAUCGGAUGAUAAAAGUAAAUUUACUGGGGGACUGCUCAAUGUCCUGAUCGCCUGUUGAAAUGGACUGAUUUUAUCCGACAAAGUUAUGUUUGUAUCAAACACGCUAUUUAUUAACAAGCCUGUGCUUGUUUGAAGGGAACUUAUAUAAUUUAUGAAGCAAUUUGUUUCUCAUUUCAUCUGCAAAAGUCGAUUAUCAUUUUUUUGUCUCUCAUUUAUGUAUUUUGCAUAUUUAUUGAUAUAUUUAAAAAACAAAUAUCUAUAUGCUUGACUGUUAUCUUAUAUUUAAAUAAAAGUGUUACUAGAAAUUGAA